AUGCCUAUUUCACAGAAAAUUCCAUUCAUCAAAGAGACACCAUUUUUAAUGCACAAAUACAUCAAGUGGAUCGUCAAUGUUGUGGGGGACGGUAAUUGCGGUUACCGGGCCGUGUCGGGGUUGCUUGGUAAUGGAGAGGAUAGCCAUACUCUUGUCCGUCAUCAACUUAUCCAAGAGUUGAAGACGCAUAAAGACUCGUACAUGCGAUUAUAUGAAGAGGAAAUUAAAUUUGAAGCAGUUAACGAAGCUCUUGUUCCUUGGUUGGGCGCUUACACAUCCGUGUCAAAAUGGAUGAGAUUCCCGAAAAUGGGACAUCUUAUUGCAAACGCGUAUGAUAGGGUGUGCAUUGACCUGACGCGUUAUGGAUGCCCCAUAUCGCCUACCUCACCGGAAUGGACGCUUUAUCAUACCGAAGAUGUCGAGGCGUUGACCGAUCUUUUUGUUGAUAGGAUGCACGAAUUUGAAAGAUUGAACAACAUUGAAAAGGAAUCGAAUAAGGAAAAGUCAAAGUUAGAACCACAUAUACAUUUAGCCGGCGAUAGUUCUUUUGAUGUGUUUUGUAGUUUCAAAGUGUUGCAUUAUAAUUCUGCCUUGCUAAAAGAACUAACAGGGAAAGUUCCGUUGAUAUAUACUUAA